AUGGCGGCGCGGCCCGGGCCUUCGCGGGUGGAGCCCCCGGGGCCCGCGGGCCCGGCUGGGCAGGGGGCAGGGCAGGCCCAGUCACAGAGAGUCGAAGACUUGAUGGAGAUGGUGAAGAAGCUGCAGAAAGCGGGGAGCCUGGAGCCCAGGGUGGAGGUCCUGAUUAACCGGAUUAACGAGGUGCAGCAAGCAAAAAAGAAAGCCAGCCAGGAGCUGGGAGAAGCCCGGACCGUCUGGGAGGCCCUGCAGAAGGAACUGGACUCACUGAGCGGAGAGAAAGUGCGCCUGAAGGAGACCUUGAGCAAAAAGCAGGAGACCCUGCGGAUCCUCCGGCUGCACUGCCAGGAGAAGGAGAGCGAGGCCCAGAGGAAGCAGACCCUGCUGCAGGAGUGCAAGGAGCGGAUUUCUGCCCUGAACUCCCAGAUUGAGGAGGAGAAGCGCAAACAGAGGCAGCUGAGGUUGGAUUUCGAGGAACAGUUGGAGGAUCUGAUGGGCCAGCACAAGGACCUCUGGGAGUUCCACAGGCCGGAGCAGCUGGCGCAGGAGAUCAGUGCCCUGGACAGCAGCAAGGAGCAGCUGCUCAAGGAAGAGACACUGGUGCAGGCAAAGCUGGAGGACGUGCAGCAUCGUCUGUGCUCCCAGUUGGGAGCCAAGGGCUGCUCUGCCGUCACUGAGGGGCUCUUCCUCCGCAGCAAGGAGGCAGCAGCGGCCGCGCACCUGUUCGAGGAGGAGAACAGGAAGGCCCAGGAGCUCCUGGAGGACACUGCCCAGCACCAUGAGCAGCUGCAGGAGAAGUGCAAGCAGCUGCUGCAGAAGAAGCAGAGGCUGAAGGAGGAGCUGGAAAAGCUCGGAGUCCAGGUCCCUGCUCAAGCCCAGGGCAAGCAAGAGGACGGGGCCAGCCCCGCAGACGCUGCCCAUCUGAAGCCCCUCAGAGGCGAGGAGAAACGCCCCGGGCCACCCGCCGAGCAGGCCCUGAUUGCACCCUAG